AUGACUGAAAGGAAGGUCUUGAAUAAAUACUUCCCCCCUGAUUAUGAUCCGUCGAAAAUCCCACGCCUUAAAAGGGGAAAUAAGGGUAGACAGUUUAACAUUCGAACCAUGGCACCCUUUAAUAUGCGUUGUUUGACUUGCAAUGGUUAUAUCUAUAAGGCCAAGAAGUUCAAUUCCCGAAUGGAAACUGCAGAGGGUGUCGAUUAUCUUGGUCUUCGACAUUAUCGAUUUUAUAUACGCUGCCCUGGAUGUUGUGCUGAAAUAAUAUGGAGGACCGAUUUGGAAUCCAAUGACUACGUCAUUGAAAGUGGUGCGAAACGGAAUUUUGAGGCUCUUAAAACAGCUGAGGAGCUUGAAGCGAAACGGGCUGCUCAAGAGGAAGAAGAGUUGGCCAAUAACCCAAUGAAGCUCCUGGAAAAAAGGACUAAUCAAAGCAAGUAUGAGAUGGAAACUGCUGAAGCGAUUGACGACCUGAAGGAAAUAAAUAAGCGCCAAGCAACUAUGGAAACUGAUAACUUCCUUUUGCGGAAUUUAUGGCAAGAACAGGAGGCCGAAAAGGCUGCUAUUGAAAAAGCAGAUGAGGAUUUCAUAAAGGAAGUUAUGGCUGCUAAGAGUAAAGGAGUACCGAUCUCGGAAAUUGCAGAGAAAUAUGAUCCUGACGGCAAACUUGAGGCACUUUGUGUGCAAAACAACGAACCGACCCAGGUGGUGCCCCAGAAAUCUCUUCCAAACUCGAAGCCUCCAGUGCAACGGAUGCCCACGGGCCCGUCAACUAGUCAUCGUGACCUCAUCAAGAAUGCCAUCAAGAGGCGCUCUGGCCCUACAGAGCCGAUGGACUCGAAGAAGGCCCAAGUGCAACCGGAGAAACCCCCAGGUACCCCGCCCCUAGACAACCCCCUUGGCCUCGCCUAUUCCUCAGAAGACAGCAACAGCGACUGA